GGUAAAAAUAUGGCGACUCGACUCGAACAAUUGUUGCUUUUUAUAGAACUUCGUACGUUUGUUGUUGUUAUUUUAAAGUCAUAAUAAUAAUAGAUCUAGAUCUAUAUUGUUCUUUUUUAGAACCUAGUUAUUUAGACUAUAAUGGAUUGAUAAAAUAACGGGAAUGGCAAUGGGAUUAAUUGGUAUUCAGACAGCACCCCACCUGAGAGUUGUUAUAUUUUGUGAGGUUGUAGACAGUUAAUGACAUGGCAUCAAAUAGGGACAGACAGUCCCCCACUCAGGGCCUCAUCCCACCCCCUGUCGCUGCUCCUCGUCGUCGCAGUCCAGUGAACGUGCCAGACACCUUAUUGGAGGGGCACCGAGCGCCACCAAUACCCGCUCGCAGGAAAAGCCUGGCCAGAAAAAACGAAGAAGGGGAAAUGACAGUUUUUUCUCCUGAUUUUGGCAAUGAUGAUAGCAAUGCAAAACGAAAAAUGACCUUCCCGAAAUCUAACUCCAUGUUUUCUAAUGAUGACCUUCAACCAGUGCCUGAAAUGGACAGCAGAUUUUCCUUGCCCCAGUCUACCAGUGGUUGUACCAUGCACCCUGACUUGGACGGGCUAGAUUUCAGUGGGUCAGUAUUCCCUAGUGUGAACACUGAGUCGCGGCCACGCAGCUCAUCAACUGAUGAAAUUCGGGACAGCCGCAAGCAUAUAUACCCAGACAUAAGCCAUGCCUUUAGAGGGAUAACACCACAGUUGCCUACUUCAUUGCAGUAUGCAUACAAUGGAUCACAGUACCAAACAAACGCAGGCGUGUUACCCACCAGCUCUGUGGCUUCACAAAAUAUAGGUGGGUAUGGCUGGAACAGCAGUGUAUUUAACAACCUAAACUCAGGAGGUGCCGCUACCAGUCUAGCAUCAUCCCAGUUCUAUAAUUCAUAUUCCACUGUAGCCCCCAAAGGAAACCUGCAUGUGUACCCACAACUCCCAAGCACUGUGGCAGACAACAACCUGAUGUACCCAGCCAACAACUAUCUCAGCCUGUUUAACACAGCCGGCUACAGCACAAACUACAUGACAUCUGCUGCGUACGACCACAACCCACAAGCCAGUACUGGGGUGGGGACUAAGUUAAACUAUGUACCAAACAUACAUCCAGCAGGAGGCGCGUCUAGAGAGUCCUCCGCCUCACCCAGCAACCUGUUCCCCACACCAGCCCCCACAGGUUUUGAUGACACGUUUUUCCCCUCGGAGAGUUCAACCAGCACAGCAGAUGGGGACCUGAUCAAACUGGGGAGUUUUUUACCUGAGCAUGAGUACCUCUCUCUCGAUUACUUUGAUCCUCUUUACUCCCGUGGGAGGAAAGAAUCAAUCUCCCACAGUGAGGUCUCAUCCCCCCAAAGUCCAGCGCCCACCACGUAUUCCUUUGGAGAAGCUUUUCCUAACUUGUAUGAGGAACACACUGGUGCUGCCACUGCUGGAGAUGACCAUAUAUGGACACCCAUGACCAGCACACAGCAGACUGUCAAGCCUCCCCCUAUAGGUUUUGAAGCAUUCAACGCCGAUGUGUUUGGGCAAACUUUUGGGACCAGUGAUGAAGAAUUUUUGAGAACUGAAGCAGGAGAGGUGUUUAGGUCACCUGCGUAUGAUGCCCCAGGUAACAUUGUUGUGGGGACCAGUGACAAGCCUGCCAGACCACCAUCUUGGCGCCUGCCUCAGGACACAAGAUUUGAACAUUUGAGAAAGCGAACAUUUAUAGAUCCUGAAUCCGAAUCAUUCUGUCAAAUGGUUGCAGACCUAAAGAAGAGAUAUCUAUCAACUGAUGAAAAGACAAACCAGGGAUUCCUUAUAAAUCAGAUACGAGAGUGUCAUAUGGGGUCAAUCCAGGUCAAGGUCAACGUCCACACACAGUUUGCCUCGGAACCUGUGUCAUUUACCUGUGACACGACCGCGCUGGUGGAGCACCUGAUCAGCCACGUCCUCUACACAGUUCUCCCAGCUGAUCCCCAGCCUGAUACAAAUAAAUUUCUGCUGAAAGUGUAUGACCGCACGGAAUAUCUGGACAAUGAAAUGCCACUUGCCAACUUUGAUUAUGUGCACAGCUGUUUGAAGCUGGACAAGGAUGUUUCCCUGGAGCUGAUCACCUGUGAGGAAGUGUCUCGGCCAUUCAUCAGAACUAGAGAUGAUGAUAUCCAGAUGUUGUAUUUCCCUAAAGAAUACAUCAACAUGGAUGGCAAAUCAGUUUCACAAGAGGCUUUAUCUGUACUUAUAGACACAUUUUAUCAUGAGGUGGAUGUUAUACUGGAGCAUUGUAGGAAGGAUGGAGCAGCCAGUUUCCAGGUGCAGACCCUGGUCCAGUCGGUCAAGGCCAUCUGCUUUAACCUGGCCAAGGUUGAAACUGUUGAGAUCAGUAAGGCCUUGGAUCAGAUCAGACGCAAUGUAGAAGAACUUGUGAACCCAAGUGCCAGGUCCCAGUCAAUGUUUGGAAGCCAUUCUCAGGAUAAAGACACUCAGGACGCCAUCAACGUUGCGGUUCGCUGCUCUCUGCUGGAGGACCUAGAGGCUUCUGUCAAUCUGCUGAUUGAUGCUGUCAAGCGAUUGGUGCGGAUGUACUGUAGGACAUUCCUCACAGACUUUUUCCUGGGCUCUUCCGUUGUGGUUCCACACGAUCAUUUAGAAGUUGUGAAGGUCAAGGAUAACUUUCUUGUUUGUAUUUCCUCUGCUCAUGGCCUGCCACCUGGAGCUUCAAACAGAUAUGACCAGUACAAGAUAGUCUGUAGCCUGUACCAUGGCACAAAGAAGCUUGUGCCUGAUGUCUCUACAACCUUCAAGUCCUUGUCUGUUGGGCUCUGUGAGAGGGUCCAUUGGGAUGAAUGGCUGAACUUUGAACGUAUGGCUUUGUCAACAAUGCCAAGAGAGACAAGACUCUGCCUAAUGCUUUGUGCUGUUAGCAAAUACCCAGCAGGGGCAGAUAAAAACAUUGAAAAAGGGGAGGUCACUGCAGACAAAAAGAUAAUCUACUCAUUAGGAGCCGCAUCUAUACAGCUCUUCAAUGAAAAGGGCUAUUUGAACCAAGGUCCUCAGCUGGUACCACUCAUGAUGGGUGUUAGAUCAGAUCCCAUAAUGCCAUCUUGUAAAACUCUACUUCCUGACUCAGUACUACUUCAGGUAAAUCUUCCUGAUUUUGACCGCACCAUUUUCUUUCCAGAACCAUCAACCUUUGCAAAUAGCAAGCGCAAGUCUUUCAAUGAUCUUCUGCCUGCCAUCCGCAUGCUGGUUCAUGAGGUUAUGGAGAAAGAAUCCUGUUCAGCAUUUACUGCUGAAGAGUUUGAGAUUCUGUGGAGCCAUCGCCACUACAUGAUCGACUACCCUUCUUUGUUACCCAGAAUCCUCCAGGCUGCUCAGUCGUGGGACUGGGCCAGUUUGCCAGAAAUUUAUUCCCUGCUGCGCUGCUGGAAAACACUUCACCCCAUGCAGGCUUUUGAGCUGCUCCUGCCUCAGUUUCCUGACUUGAGGGUCAGACAGUUUGCUGCUGACUGCUUGAACAAAAUCCCUUCAGAUGACCUGAUAGACUUUCUGCCCCAGAUGAUCCAGGGCCUCAAGUUUGAGAGCUACCACAACUCCCCAUUGGCCAAGCUGUUAUUAGAACAGUCAUGUAAAAGUCCCCGCUUUGCUCACCAGUUCUUCUGGCUACUGAAAGGUGCUGCCUCCCAGGAUGCAACAUUCAAACGCAGGUACGAGCUGAUGUUUGUUGCCCUGGCCUCCGUGACUGGCGACGCCCUCUAUCAAGAGUUUAAGAAACAGGAAGAGCUAGUCAAGGUCGUGACAUCUGUAGCAGAAAAGGUCAAGACUGCUAAGGACAAAGAUAAUACACUGAAAAGGGAAUUAAUUCCUUUGCAUGAAAUGAUAGAAAAGAAAGGGAGAAUACUACUACCUUAUAACCCCAGUAUUGAAGUUGUGGGACUUGAUAUGAAAUCAUGUUCCUACUUUACUUCAAAUGCCUUUCCUCUGAAACUGGUGUUCAAAAAUCUAAACCCUAAGGCAGACUCACAUUAUGCCAUCUACAAGGUUGGAGAUGACCUGAGGCAGGACAUGUUGACCCUGCAGAUGAUCCGGAUUAUGGAUAACCUGUGGCUGCAGAAAGGCCUGGAUCUGCGGAUGAUUCUCUUCUCUUGUCUGGCCACUGGACCAAAGAAAGGUAUAAUUGAGCUGAUCACAGAGUCUGAGACCCUGAGGAAGAUCCAGGUGUUCUCAGGUGUGACGGGUUCCUUCAAGGAUAGACCAAUCAAAGAAUGGCUACAGAAACACAACCCCACAGAACUGGAGUACAACAGGGCUGUGGACAACUUCACGUACUCGUGUGCUGGCUACUGUGUAGCCACGUAUGUGCUAGGGGUGUGUGACAGACACAAUGACAACAUCAUGUUGAAGCAGUCAGGCCACAUGUUCCACAUAGACUUCAGCAAGUUUCUGGGGGAUGCCCAGAUGUUUGGCACAUUCAAAAGAGAUCGAGUGCCAUUUGUCUUGACCUCUGACAUGGCAUAUGUCAUCAAUGAUGGAGCCAAAACAGGACCCAGGUACCAGAACUUUGUGGACCUCUGCUGCCAGGCCUUCAACAUCCUCAGACAGCAUGCAGACUUGUUCAGGAGUCUUUUUAUAUUGAUGGCCAGAUCAGGUAUCCCAGGUGUAACAGACCAGGCGGUGCAGUACGUGCAGAAUGCACUUUUACCUGGCCAGACAGAGGCGCAGGCUACAGCCACAUUUACCAGAAUGAUUGAAGAGAGCGUCAACUCUGUGUUUACAUCCUUCAACUUUUUCAUCCACAACCUGGCCCAGCUCAAGUUUUCUAGUCACAACGAGGGAACUCUUCUGUCUUUUGUACCCAAGUCUUAUAACAAAGACACAGAUGGGAAAAUCACCUCAGUAGAGCUAGUCAGAUUUCAGAAGAGAUACACACCAGACAAGCAUUAUAUUUUCAUAUUGAAAGUGGAGAGGGAGAACCAGAAAGUGCCUAUGUAUAUCUUCCGUCAGUUCCUGGAAUUUGUGGAGUUCAGGGACAAACUUAAUGAAAUGUUUCCUCUCAUUACAUGGCCCAACUUUUCUAAAAGAUUAGUGUUUGGACGAAGCAAUAUAAGAAGUGUUGCAGAAAGUCGUAGGACAGAAAUAAUUAAUUUCCUUCGUUUCUUGUGGACUUUGACUGCCGAGAUAUCAGAGUGUGAGCUGGUGUACACAUUCUUCCACCCACUGCUGAGGGAUGAACAGGAGACAGAGACAAAUAAACUCAAUGUCGUCAAACUCAGAGAACCUGCAGUUCAGCGCUCCAACACAGCAGGUAGCACUGGAAUUCUGGGAGAGAUCAAACUUUCCAUCCAGUACAAGAAAGAUGCACUGCAAGUCAUGAUCAUGCAUGUCCGAGGAUUGUCUGGCACCACAGAGCCACCUAGCCCGUAUGUCAAGACUUACCUUUUACCUGAUCCAGACAAGGUGACCAAACUGAAGACAAAGACUGUGAAGACAACCAAUGACCCAACUUACAAUGAACUGCUCCAGUACCAGCUGUCGGAGCAGGAGAUCAAGUACCGCAUCCUGCAGGUGACUGUCUGGGACAGCGCUGUCCUGAAGGAGAACAACUUCCUGGGGGCUGUCUACAUACGUCUGAGAGACCUUGACCUCUCCAAGGACAACACCUGCUGGCAUAAACUGGGCAGGAUCCAGAUGCCAAGCUUUUAACAGUGCCCUGACUUCUGAUAGAUGCCCUGACUUCUGAUAGAUGCCCUGACUUCUGAUAGAUGCCCUGACUUCUGAUAGAUGCCCUGACUUCCGAAUGAUGCCCUGACUUCUGAUAUAUGCCCUGAUUUCUGAUAUAUGCCCUGAUUUCUGAUAGAUGCCCUGACUUCUGAUAGAUGCCCUGACUUCUGAUAGAUGCCCUGACUUCUGAUAGAUGCCCUGACUUCUGAUAGAUGCCCUGACUUCUGAUAGAUGCCCUGACUUCUGAUAGAUGCCCUGACUUCUGAUAGAUGCCCUGACUUCUGAUAGAUGCCCUGACUUCUGAAAAUUGCCCUGACUUCUGAUAGAUGCCCUGACUUGAAAUGUGCAAAUGUUAAGAAUUGUUAAGUUAAUCAUGUAGUUGCUUGUUACUUCCUUAGAGAGAUGGGGAUCACUUACUCACUGUUGUGUUAGAUGUCAUCAAAAUUUUGUGUACCAACAAGCUCAUCUUUUUUCAAAAUCACUUUUCUGUGUGUACUCACUGGCAUCUUACACUUUUACCAUGGAAUUCAUCAAAUAUCAGGAAGGCCAUAUGUUGGCCAGAUAUUUGCUGGUGUGUGAGACCAAUUUGCAAGUGACUAACUCUUCACCUGUUUGUGCCAAAGUUUUUCCAAUGUUUGUGUUCACCUUGUUACAAACAAAUCAGAGUGAUCCUCUGUUAGGUCAAUAGUACCCCAGGGUGUGCUUGUACACUCGGACACACCCUGGUGGAAACAUGCCCCACCCCACCUGCCAUAUAACCCAGGCUACAAGGGAUCCGAGCAAGUAUAACAAUAGUUCAGUGCCAAAGAUGAACAAAAGUUUCUUCAUAAGAAAAAAAUGAACAAGAGUUCUCACAACUUUUAAAUAUUUAUCUUAAUUUUUAAACAAAUAUUGCAAAGAAAGAUAUAAUUCAAAAGAAUGAAAUUUUGUAUUUUAUGUACUUUCUAACAGAGACAUGUAACAUUAGAACUGGCCUUAACUUCUUUUCCUAGCUUGCCAUAUAGUUGUAUCUACAUAAACCUUGUCAUACUCUUUGAUUUGGUUGACCUAAGUUACCAGUUUGCUAUAGACUUAUGGGAAUUAUUCUUAUUUUUCCAUCUAGUUGUAUCUACAUAAAUCUUGUCAUACUCUUUGAUUUAGUUGACCUAAGUUACCAGUUUGCUAUAGACUUAUGGGAAUUAUUCUUAUUUUUCCAUCUAGUUGUAUCUACAUAAACCUUGUCAUACUCUUUAAUUUGGUUGACCUAAGCUACCAGUUUGCUAUGUUGUGCUUUAUGUGUUAAAGACUUCCAAUGCCGUACAACUGCUGUAAGACAAAGUAUUAUUGUUAUUUCACCUGUUACACACCUGUUCAUUGCAUGUAAAUGUCAGUUUUCUUGCUCAAUUUUAUUUAGGCUUGUGAUUGGUAGAUUAGAAAAAAAAAUGUUUCUAGCCAGUAUGAUGGAGCACGAGUAGUUUACAAGUAGUUUUUUCUUUGUUUUUGUUUCACUGGAGCUUCUACAUUAGCUUUAAUUACUGUGCUUUUCUAAUUUUUGUUUUAUUAAUGUACUUUUAAUUUUCUGUUUAUUCUUAUAAACCACAAUGACUGGUGUUGAUAUAUGUUGAUCCUAAGGUCUUUAGCUGUGGUGUUGAUCCUGAGGUCUUUAGCUCUGGUGUUGAUAUGUUGAUCCUAAGGUCUUUAGCUCUGGUGUUGAUAAAACUUGAUAUGUUGACCUAUAUCUGUGUUGAGCUAGUCCAUUGAUGAUGUUUUCUUUGCAUGUUUCUAUUCCCUUGUUUAUGGAGUGUCCUACUGUACUUUUAAAAUCUUAGUUGAUGAAAUGGUGUCAGUUAUAAUUAGAAACUGGUCAUUGAAACAUUGUAAAAACACAUUUUUGGAAGUUGUUGAAAUUGUUUUUUUGAAAAGAACCAAUCAGAUCUGUUGUAUUAUGUGCCAAUGGACCGACGUGUGAUUUUAAAUUUUCUUUUGUUUGCCUGUGAAAUAUAUUUCUUUUUUCAUUUAUGUAUACAUCAUUUGUAUUUAUUUUAAUAUUUAAAAAAAAAUUAUUCACAGAACUAAAUUUGCUAGAAGCAGAUGUAUUUUGUAGAUAGACAAUUGUUCAGCUUGACAUUUUAUCAGAUAUGUUACCAGCACUCCUGUAGUCACAGGGUCAGAUUUUUAUGCCUGUUGAGGUUUGCCAAAUUUCAGCUUGCCAGGUUGGAGCUUGCUAUCAAGGAGCUUGCAAUAUUCUAGCCUGAUUUUGUAUACGUAAGUUUGAAGUUGAAAGAAAAGCUUGAGUUUUAACACAUUUUUCAGUUUUAAAAACACUUUCCAAUGUAAAAAAGAUUCUAUAAGAUUAUAUUUAAAAACUUGACUGAACUAAAAAUGUAAAGUGUAUAAAUGAGUUGUGUGCAUAUUGCUGAGCAGACUGUGACUGGGUGUUGGACUGUGUUAAAAAACAAACCACACCUCUAUAUCCUGUACAUAACACAUCUAAUGUGCUUGUAAAUCAAAGUUGAGUGCAAUCUAUUCAUACACCUGUGGCAACCAAUAGUUUUAAUAAAGGAUUAUUUAUUUGCA